GGGCAGCUUUGUAAUAUUUGCUUCCUCCGUCUCCAGCUGAAGCUCCUCGCCGCUCUCUUCUUCCUUGUUACACAAAAAUCCACACUGCUCGCUCUUAUCUUAUCGGAGUCUUUCCUCAUUAUGCUCAUCCACCAUUGUUACCAGAGCUCGAUUGUUUCUCUUCUCUGUUCAACCAUCAUUGGAACUAUUUUCAUCCUUAGCAUCAUCAUCGUCGUCGCCAACUGAUUUUUGAUUUACACCACCUCUCUCUGUUGACGUUUUGAUCAUAGGAGUCGCGGGGUUUGUUGCUGUGACUUGUGAGUUGGUAAAUUUUUGUCUUCGUUCCUCUCUGUUUUCUCAAAGAUGGCUGCUUUAAAAGGUUAUGGUUUGUGUUCUAUGGACUCUGCUCUACAAUUCCCCUGCCCAAAGCGAUUCAAUGGCGACAAGAGAAGGAGCUCAAAAUGGGUCUCUCCAAAAGCAGCUGUUGUACCCAAUUUUCAUCUCCCUAUGCGCAGCUUGGAGGUUAAAAACAGGACUAAUACAGACGACAUUAAAGCUCUACGUGUGAUCACAGCUAUCAAAACACCGUAUCUACCUGAUGGAAGAUUCGACCUUGAAGCCUAUGAUGACUUAGUGAACAUUCAGAUACAAAACGGCGCUGGAGGUGUUAUUGUUGGUGGUACGACUGGUGAAGGACAGUUGAUGAGCUGGGACGAACACAUUAUGCUCAUAGGCCAUACUGUUAACUGUUUUGGUGGAAGCAUCAAAGUCAUUGGAAACACUGGAAGCAAUUCAACAAGAGAAGCUAUCCGCGCCACUGAACAAGGGUUCGCUGUUGGAAUGCACGCUGAAGAAACAGAGAUUCCAAAGUUUUCUAUUCUGUCCCUUAUGACUUGAUUUACAAAAACAUAUAUACUCGAGAGAGCAGAUCCAUACGAAUCAUAUCUAUACAUACAAGGAAAGCUAUAUUAACUUUGCUGAUCUUACGGGAUU